AUGGAGACGUUUAGUCUGGCCGCUCUCUUCAGCACAGCAUCGUUGCUGCUGAUUUUCCUGUGGCGCAGCCUGCGGCUUCUGAGGCCGGGCCACGCCUCCAGCGAUACGCAGCUGCAGUAUGCCCUUGCUUUGCGAUCGGCGGCGCUGUAUGUCCUCUCCGGGGCCUUGCCGCUGAUCUUCCCCUGCGAGCAGGCCCAGCUGGGUUGGGCAGAUUGCCCGAGCCAUUGGCUGAUCCCCACGAACCUCAUGCGGAUCUUCCACUACCUGCCCUUCUGGUACGCCUUCCUUCUGACUCCCUACUUGGGUGGCCUCGCGAGCGCCAUCCACGAUGCAAUCCUCGGCGUCGGCACUGGCCUUGCCGGCGCAAGUCUCAUCAAUCUACUGAUGCCCGGCGGAGCAGGGGGUCCUCACUACUUGCCGGGUGAGUACUUCGAGAGGGCCUGGCUGCCCUUAAGGUACUCCACCACAGGGGCCUUCCUUUUCGCCCUGUGCUUCACCUACGGCCUCUUCUUCAGCAAGCUCAGCGUGGGCAAGAAGCAGUACGCCUUAGGCCUCUUCUCCGAGCUGCUGGUUCCCUUCAUGAACCCCCAGACCCGCACGGGCUUCCGGGCGGUUUGCUGGGACUGGGACUUCAGUUGGAACUGGAAUGGUGCGGCCAUGUGCGGAUUCUGGCUGGUGCUUCUGGCCGUGCUGCUCUCCGUGCUGACCCUGGGCCUGAAGCCUUGGAGCUUCCAAUCUGUGGAGAGGCACACGGCGCUCUGGGCCUCGGCCAAUGCGCUGGCGCAGGUGGCGGAGGACACAGCAGGCUGCUUGGAGUACUUGAUGACCAUCUUGCAGAAGGAUCACUGGAAGUUCCAAUUCCACGCAGACAGCUCCAACUUCUACAUCAGGCACUUGGGCCUGCGGCGCUCGCGUGCGGAGGCACUGCUGGAUUUGGUGGCCUGGGAAAAGGGGCUGCUGCCAUCGGCGAAGCAGGAGAACCUGCUCAAGGUGGCAGCUUUCUUGCGUCAGCUGCGCCAGCUGCUGCGCAUCCAGAGUGAACACAUGCGAUAUUUUGGACCCUCCUUUGCCGCGGGUGAGCACCUGGCGGUGGAGGAGUUCCUGGAGACCUGCAGCGAGGGCCUGGGCCUGGUGGCCCAGGACCUGCGGCAGCGGGCGGAUCUCUCGGAGGAGACCUGCGCGGAACUGCAGCGCCUGGGGAAUCGGGGGGACAAAGUGCUGCUGGCGGUGGUGCGAGGAUUUGCCCAGGAGAAGAGGUCUUCAAGGCAUCUAGCCUUCGUGGACAAGCUCCGCAGUUGGCCCAAGGCUUUCCGAAGCCUCAGUCCGGACGCACCUUCCGCGGCGAAGCCGGCGGCGACGCCGGCGGCUUCGGACUGGGCGGAGCGGCAUUGGUUUGCGCUGAGGAACACCACGUCGUGGACGUUGGCCCUGCUAUGGUCCUUGUACAGCCGCAACUACAGCUGUGGCUGCGUGGUGGCCACUUCCUUCAUUUUCUCCCAGACCUCGGGCUCUUCAUUUGAUGUGAACAUCAACAGAAUCCUUGGCGUUGGCAUGGGCCUGGCAGUGGGAAACUUCCCCGCCCUCUUGAUCCUGGAUGGCUCGACCCUCGGCUCCUCGGUGUGCGGAUCCUUUAUGUACUUCGCGGUGAUGUUCGUCAUGUGGUCCUUGGCCAUCUUCGGCUACUUGGCCACAGACUCCAAGUACUUCCGCGCCUGCCUCCUGUGGGCCGCCCUUGGGGGUGUUCAGAUGCUGCGGCACUUACCGCGGUUCAGCCGGAUGGAUGUGGAACUCUUCAUGGCGAUCCUGGAUAACGUCCUGGCCAUCAUGGUCGUGUUCUUCGUUGACAUGGUCUUUGCCUACUGGCAGGGCAGCGGUGCUUCGGAGCAGGUGAAAGCGGCGGUUACGCGGUGCAUCCAAGACGUCGCCCUUCUGGUGGCCACAUCCAAGGUGAAGGUGGACUGUGACUUGGGGGUGGAGACCAUUGCCACCAAGCCCAUUGAGGGCCAGAAGCCAGGGACCAGCGGACUGCGAAAGAAGACCAAGGAGUUCAUGGAGGGCACGUAUCUUGCCAACUUCGUGCAGAGUGUCUUCAACACCCUCGGGGAGGAGGGUGUCCCGCUGGCCGGCGGCACCUUGGUGGUUUCCGGCGAUGGCCGAUUUUGGAACCCCGAGGCCAUCCAGAUCAUCAUCAAGAUGGCCUUUGCUGCCGGCGUGGGGCGCGUGUGGUGCGGCACGGGGGGACUGCUGUCCACCCCGGCCACCAGCGCGGUGAUCCGCGCCCGCGGGAAAGGCAUGGAGCCCUUCGGAGGAUUCAUUUGCUCCGCCAGCCACAACCCCGGAGGCAUCAACGACGACUUCGGCAUCAAGUACAACUGCGAGAACGGCGGCCCUGCCCCAGAGAAGGUCACCAACAAGAUGUUGGAGUGGACCGCCAAGAUCACGGAGUUGAAGACCUGCAGCAAGAUCCCUGACUUUGACCUCUCCAAGCCGGAAACCUACGAGCUGCCAGAGGGCAAGGUGGUGGAGGUCUUCGACUGCGUGGAGGACCACCUCAAGGUGCUGAAGCAGUGCUUCGACUUCGAGAGCAUCAAGAAGCUCAUCGCGAUGCCGGAGUUCAGCAUGACCUACGACUCCAUGUGCGGCGUCCAGGGCCCUUAUGCACGCAAAAUCUUCGAGGGAGAGCUGGGUGCUGCGGCUGGCACCUGCAAGAACGCGGAGCCUCUGCCGGACUUCGGCGGCCCCUCCAGCGCCUGGCACGGGCACGCGGAUCCCAACCUCACCUACGCGGUGGAGCUGGUGAAGGACAUGGGCCUCACCAAGGAGGGCAACAAGGCGGACCCGGGCAAGCCCAUCCCCACCUUCGGAGCAGCGGCGGACGGCGACGCGGACCGGAACAUGAUCUGCGGCACCCAAUUUUUUGUGUCGCCCUCGGACUCCUUGGCGAUGAUCGUGGCCAACUCGAACCUUAUCCCUCAGUUCAAGGAGGGGCUGAAGGGCUGCGCCCGGUCCAUGCCCACCUCGGCGGCCCUGGACCUGGUGGCGGCCAAGAAGGGCAUCCCCUGCUUCGAGGUGCCCACCGGCUGGAAGUUCUUUGGAAACCUCAUGGACAGCGGCACGAGCUACUUCCCCGGCAAGCCCGUCUACACUCCCUUCAUCUGCGGUGAGGAGUCCUUUGGCACCGGUGCCGACCACGUGCGCGAGAAGGACGGCAUGUGGGCUGUCCUGGCCUGGCUGCAGAUCUUGGCCAAGAAGACCGAGCAGGCCGGCAAGGUGGUGUCUGUGGAGGAAGUAGCCCUGGAGCACUGGAAGGAGUACGGCCGCAACUAUUACGCUCGCUACGACUACGAGGGUGUGGACAAGGCUAAGGCGGAGGAGAUGUUCGCGGCAAUGGAGGCCAAGGCGGGGUCGCUGGUGGGCCAGGAAUUCGGGGGCAUGAAGAUGAAGAUCAACGACAUGUUCGAAUACACCGACCCGGUGGAUGGCAGCGUCUCCAAGAAGCAGGGCCUGAGGUUCAUCUUCGAGGAUAACAGCCGCAUCAUCUUCCGGCUCUCCGGCACUGGCGUGGCAGGUGCCACGGUGCGUCUUUACUUGGAGAAGUACGAGCCGCCCAGCGGCAACCUCACCCAGCACCAGUUCGAGGUGGUGAAGCCUCUGGCAGCCAUCGCCCUGGAGCUGUCCCAGCUCGCGACCUUCACCGGCCGUGAGGGCCCCACCGUGAUCACCUAA